GGAAACGAAGAAGAAGAAAACGAUGCUAACAGCAAGUUAGCUAGUUAGGCAUAAAUAAACACGUAAACUCGCUCGUUCUGCUGGAUGAACAUCAGAGUCUGACAGUAUCCAACAUGUCGGCUGACACAAAGAUCGCUGAGCUGCUCACGGAGCUCCACCAGCUCAUCAAACAGACACAGGAGGAGAGGUCCCGCAGCGAACACAAUCUGCUCAACAUCCAGAAAACACAUGAGAGGAUGCAGACAGAAAAUAAAACCUCUCCAUAUUACCGCUCCAAACUGAGGGGGCUCUACACCACGGCGAAGGCCGACGCUGAGGCAGAAUGCAGCAUCCUGCGUCACGCUCUGGAUAAAAUCGCAGAAAUCAAGUCCCUGCUGGAGGAGCGGCGGAUUGCUGCGAAGAUCGCGGGGGUUAACAGCAACGGUGACCCUCCCAGGAAGACGAUGAGGCGCGGCGUUCUGAUGACGCUCCUGCAGCAGUCGGCCAUGACACUCCCGCUGUGGAUCGGCAAACCUGGAGAGAGUCCCCCUCCUCUGUGCGGGGCGACGUCAGCCAGCGGCGACUACGUGGCCAAGCAGGGAGACAAGGUGGCGGCGCGGGUGAAGGCGGUGGACGGAGACGAGCAGUGGAUCCUGGCUGAAGUGGUCAGCUACAACCACUCCACCAACAAGUACGAAGUGGACGACAUUGACGAAGAAGGCAAAGAGAGACACACUCUGAGCAGACGGAGGAUCAUCCCGCUGCCUCAGUGGAAAGCCAACCCAGAGACUGACCCGGAGGCCCUAUUCAGCAAGGACCAGCUGGUUCUGGCCCUGUAUCCGCAGACCACCUGCUUCUACCGGGCCCUGAUCCACACGCCGCCACACCGGCCUCAGGAUGAUUACUCGGUGCUGUUUGAGGACACGUCGUACCCUGAUGGGUACUCUCCUCCGCUCAACGUGGCCCAGAGGUACGUGGUGGCGUGUAAGGAGAACAAGAAGAAAUGACCGACAAGUUCCAGGUCUGAAUUUAUCAUGAAGUAACUUCAGUUGUUGUUGUGAGGAACUUCCUGUUUUUAAACUUUAAAUUUGUUCCCACCUGUUGGACAGUGACAGGGAGCUGUGUCGAAACCUCCACAGUUUUUCUGACACUUUGAGUAUUUUACUUUAAUCCUCAGUUAAAGUACUUUACUUUAUUUUAUUGUCAAGU